UUGACAACGAUUAAUCUGCGGGUAUCAUUUUCCAGUUUUAAAAUAGUACGCUACCGCAUAACAUCUUUAUUCGGCGUUUCCGAAAUUGAAUGUUUAUAAGCGCUCUGUUAUUUUUAUAAAUUAGUUAAAAAAAAAAAACAAUAAAAGACAAGAAAAAUAAUUAAGAAUUAAAAAUAACGAAACGUACAAUUUGUUGUCUAAAAUAAAAAUAUCUUCUUAAAAUUUGUUUUAAAACGCAGAAAAUAAUUAAAUUACAAAAACCGUUUAUCUUACUUUAAUUACAAUAUAAAGAAAGUCUAAAAAAAUUCAAAAAAAAAAAUUAAAUAUUUUUAUUUAUGUAAUUAAAUAAAUAGUUUACAUACAUACAUAUGUAUUAUACCUGUGUGCAAUAUUUACUAAAAUAUUUCUAUUUUUACAUACAUGCUUUUGUAUAUACUGUAAUGAAAACAAUAUAGCGAUGAUCUUUUAUAGCGAUCUUCUUUUAUAAAAUUUAAUUGAAUAAUAAUUCUAAAUAAUUUUUUAUAAAUUCAUAAUAAAAAAGGAAACAAGUCAUAAGUGAUAACUUAAUUAUUUAUUAAAAAGAAGGAAAUCUAUUUAGGAAUAAUUAUAUAUUAAUUAUAUACAUAUAAAAACUAUUUUAUACAAUAAAAAUGCCAGAAGUUGAGGCUCGAACCGUACUAUGGUACUUAACUUUUUUUGGAUUUGCUGUUAAUUAUAUGAUACGAAUUAAUUUAAAUAUAACAAUUGUGGAAAUGGUAAAAAGUACAAGUUUACAUAAGACUGAAUUAUUUUCUAAUCAAAUGCAAAAUGGAUCAGUAUAUGAUAUUAAAAAUCAUACAAAUUUUGAUGAAAUUAUCGACGAAGAUCUUCACGAGAAACAUCUUUAUAAAAUAGAAUCUUCAAAUAUAAGUUUAAGAGAUAAAAUUAAAUUAGGAGAAUUUAGUAAGGAUAAUAAACAUAGAGCAACAAUUGAAUCGAUGAUAUUAGAUAAAAUGGGGAUUUCAUACGAUCGAGAUGGGAUGCAUAUAAAUGAAUAUCAACAAGGUUUAAUAUUGGGAUCGUUCUUUUGGUUACAUUGGGUAACACAAAUUCCAGGUGGUAUUCUUGCCAAAAAAUAUGGAACAAAAUUGGUAUUUGGAUUAUCUAAUGCUGUAGGAACUUGGAUAUGUUUUGUUCUUCCACUUUUGGCUUACAUAGAUUAUCGUUUGUUAAUAUUUGCAAGAAUUAUUCAGGGUUUAAUUUGUGGAUUAGCAUGGCCGGCAAUGCAUCAUUUAACAGCACAAUGGAUACCACCAAAUGAGAGAAGUAAAUUUGUUACAGCAUAUUUGGGUAGUUCGGUUGGUAUUGCUGUAUUUUAUCCAUUAUUUGGAUUUGUAAUGUCAUGGACUACAUGGGAAUUAGUAUUUCAUUUAUGUGGUAUUACUGGUACAAUUUGGUAUUUAGCAUGGAGACAUUUUAUAUAUGAUACACCAAGCUGUCAUCCUAGAAUAAGUGAAAAUGAGAAAAACUUUAUUGAAAAAUCUUUAGGUUCAACUGUAGUAUUAUCAACCAAUCAUGGUCCAACACCAUGGAAAGAUAUUUUAAUAUCAAAAUCAGUUUGGAUGAAUGUUAUUGCUCAAUGGGGAGGUAUUUGGGGUUUAUUUACAUUAAUGACACAAGCACCAACAUAUUUCAAAAUUAUACAUCAUUGGAAUAUUAGAAUGACAGGUUUAUUAUCUGGUUUACCACAUUUAUUGCGUAUGAUUUUUGCAUAUUUUUUUUCAAUAUUCGGUGAUUAUUUAUUAAAAACAGAAAAAAUGACUAGAACAAAUGUUAGAAAAUUAGCAACAACUGUUUGUUGCAUUAUUAAAGGAUUAUUUGUGUUAGCGCUUGCAUAUUCUGGUAAUAGUUCAACAGCUUCGGUUAUAUUUUUAAGUUUAGCUACAAUGGCACAUGGUGCAGUUUCAACAGGACCUUUAGCAAGUAUUGUUGACAUAGCACCAAAUUAUGCUGGAAUUGUUCUUGGUAUAAGUGGUAUGAUAACAGUAUUACCUGGAUUUAUUUCACCAAUUGUUGUUGGAAUGCUAACAUUAGGAAACCAAACUGUUACUAGUUGGAAAUAUGUGUUUUUAAUAACAAGUGGGAUGUUAAUUGGAUCUGGUAUACUUUAUGAUUUAUUCUGCGAUUCAACUUUACAAAGUUGGAACAAUCCAUCUUCAAAUGUCAUACUGUCAAAUAAAGAACUUCAAAUAUUAAAUUCAAAUAAAAAUUUAAAUAUAAUAAAUGGUUUUAAAGUUAAUAAUGAUGAUAAUAAUAUUGAAAAUGAUAAAUCUAAAGAGAAUCAGAAGAGUUGCGUUAAUAAAUGCAAUGAAACACCUUAAACAUAUAAAAUUUUUUGUUAUGAAUUAAAUAAUGUAGUAUUUUCAAUUAGUUAUUAUAAAAUUGUUAUCAAUAUUAAAUUGUAUAUAAAAUACUUAAACGGUGAUGAAAGCGAAAAAAUUGUUGUUUAAAUUUAAUUCGAUUAAUUUAAUAUGAAAAUAUUAUCAUAUAACAUAAAUCAUUCUUUGUAUUAUAGAUUAUACAAAUAAUCCAAGUAAAUAAAGAUAGAGAGAAUAGUUAAGUACAUAUAUAAUUAUGAUUUUUUUUUAUAUUACUAUGUUUAAAUAAUAGUUUGUUUUUAAUUAAAAAAAUACAUAAUUUUUAUUGUAUUUUUUUUGUAAUUAACGUGAUUUAAUUUAGGUUAUAUUUCAUAUUAAUUUCAUGCAUAUUGUAAUAGCAAUAAUUAUAAAAUUUACAUAUAAUAUAAAAUUAGUUGUAAAAAUCUUUUUGAAAGCUGCAAUUGUAUGAAAUAUAUUUUUUUUUAAUUUUUUUUUUAUUAUACUUAUAUUUCUUUCAAAUUUAAUACAUAUUUAAAUAAAUUUUCUAGAUCAAAUAAAAUAAUGAGAGUUUCAGGGUUGAAUUUCUUAUUUUUACACGAUUUAAAGUCUGUAAAAUAAAAAAAAAUUGAUUUUGUAAAAAUAUUUAAAUAUUUACUUCAAUUAUCUUUACUUAUAUUCUGUAUAUUAAAUACAA